UCCUCCAAGAAAGUGCGUUAGGGUUUGGAACAUGGAGGAUUCGGUUUUGGCGGAGGUUAACGUUCGUCCUCUUAAGAUACCGAAAUAUCACGGAGCUUUCGAAGGAUCAUCGAAAUCAGUUAACAAAAAGCGCGAUCUCAAGUACAGAAAAUUGGGAGACGAUGAAUAUUUGAGGCAGUACUUGCAGUUUUACUAUCAGUUCCAGAAAUCUGAGGGUUUCGCGGUUGAAUGGGAUCAAUUUGAUUACGCCUUCCACACUAGAUCGUUGGACAAUCCACCACGAGGUUUUUGCACUACACGAAGCCCUGCCGAGUUGGUUCGUGAGGUGACACUCCUUACCAUAGAGAAACAAAACGAAGCUAAGAAGAAGCUGAGCAAGCUAGUCAUCUAUGUUUGA